GCGACUCGCUCAUUGCCGCCUUCUGGGCCAUGCAAGAAGUGGGGGGUAGGUAGGUAGGGAGGCCUCUCUCCCCCUGGGGGCAUUCACAAAGGAGGGAGAACAGCUGGAUGAUGUUCUCCAUAGAGGCACGUGCAGGAUCCGCACCGUAAACCCUGUGUGCAGUGGCAGCAUUAGGACCUGUAAUUCACUAUCGGUGCAGCCCCGCUGGUGGAAACUGGGAUUAAAUUGAGGCUAUGUACACACUACAUCUUACCUCGGUAUGAGUUAUGUCGCUCAGGGGUGUGAAUAAGCUACCCCCCGAGCGACGUAAAUCACAUGACCUAAGCACCAGUGUGUACAGCGCUAUGUCUGCAGGAGCGCUUCUCCCACAGAUACAGCUCCCGCUGCACUCCGGGGCUGGAGUAAAUAAGUUGAUGGGAGAACUUGCUGGCUUCAGAGUAUCUGCUGUAACAGUGCUACAUGGGCACGGCUGUGUCGCUUUAAGCUCUGUAGUGUAGCCAUAGCCUCAGGUGUUAUUUUUGUACCAUAGCAUCAUCUGAGUAGCAGGGGGAAGUAACACUUGAGUCCUGACUACAGGUUCUAUUGCAGGAACUGCAUCAGUGAUGAAUUAUGGGUCCUGUAGAUGAAGCCCUAAUGUUGCAAGGCAAACAUGACAGUGAAUUUUCAGGACCUCUGGGCUUUCUGGAACUCCCAGUCAGUUCAGUGGUUUGAGUAUUGGUGUGCUAAACCCAGAUGUGAGAACAUGGCCACUAAGAAAUUAAGAAGAGCAGGGUUAUCUCAGGAACUUUGUGACAGGCUAAGUCGGCAUCAGAUCAUUACCUGUCGGGACUUUCUGUGUCUUUCACUCUUGGAGCUAAUGAAAGUGACCGGAAAAAGUUAUUGGAAUGUACAGAAGCUUCUUUGCAAAGUCAGCUUAGCUUGUGCUCCCAAAAUGCAGACUGCUUAUGAGAUGAAAAUGAAAACGGCUAUCAAUCCAUCGUCAGCCUUCUUAUCCACUACCCUAAAUGGUUUGGAUAAAGCCCUGCAUGGUGGAGUGGCCUGUGGAUCCCUCACAGAGGUAACUGGCCCAUCGGGUUGUGGCAAAACUCAGUUUUGUCUUAUGAUGAGUGUACUGGCUACUCUGCCUAUCAGCAUGGGAGGACUAGAUGGGGCUGUCAUAUACAUUGAUACAGAGUCUGCAUUUGGUGCUGAAAGGUUGGUUGAGAUAGCAGAACACCGUUUCCCUAAUUAUUUUGGCACAGAAGAAAAGUUGUUUUCAAUGACCCGUAGCAUUCAUCUCUAUCGGGAGCUCACCUGUGACAGUGUGCUGAAAAGGAUUAAGACUUUGGAAGAAGAAAUCAUUUCCAAGAAGGUUAAGCUUGUAGUAAUUGACUCUGUUGCUUCAGUGGUCAGAAAGGAGUUUGAUACGAAACUUCAAGGAAACCUGAUGGAGAGAAGUAACUUUCUGGCUAGAGAAGCAUCGUUAUUGAAGUACUUGGCUGAGGAAUUUUCAAUACCAGUUAUCUUGACAAAUCAGAUUACCACACGGCUGAGCAAUGGCCUUGAUAUCCAGGCAGACCUGGUGUCUCCAGCUGAUGACUUGUCCCUGUCUGAAGUUUCAGGAGCCUCUGGGAGCAAGGAAAGGGAACCUGGCUAUGUGACAGCAGCACUGGGGAACACAUGGAGUCACAACGUCAACACCAGGCUCAUACUACAGUAUCAUGACUUGCAGACAAGACAGGUCCUGAUUGCUAAAUCUCCCAUUGCUCCAUUCUCAGCUUUCUUCUACACCAUUGAAAAUUCUGGCCUAGUUCUUCAAGAUUUGAAAGUGCAAGUAGGACAUGGAAAACCCAGAUGGAGAAGUGGAGAUAGAAGAUGGAAAGGACCACCCAGAUGCCAGCUGGGAAGGCUCCAGUCCUGUACUGCAGGCCAUAAGAGUGAGGACCAAUAUCUUGAAAGAUGGCUUCCCCAGUUCCACUGCUCAGACCCUCAAGCUAGCACAACCUAUAUGAAGAAGAACAUGUCUCAGCUGGAGCGAAGCAUGACACAGAUAUUUUCCCAAAUGUGAUUUCUUUAAAUUCCUAUGAAGCAGUUCAUGGAAUUGCUUCUUCUUUUACCUCUGAACAGGGUGAUUUUGAAUGUGGUUCUUGUUCUUUGUACAUGAGUAGCCAUAUUAUAUUUAGUGAUAUAAAAA